GUAGGAGUAAUAUGGCGGCCCCCUGCGCGCACGUCAACAACGUGAUAGCGCUUUGAAAAGAGAGGAGCGGAGUGGGUUCUGACGCUUUUCGUCAAGUAGGUAAACACGGUAAAACUUAACCGUAUGGUAAACGAAGAGGGGUUUCAUGGCUUCCUACAAAGCAACGCGGAUCCCGAGUUUCCCCAGGCUGGGAGAGAAGGUCACCCAGGACACCCUAUACUGGAGGAACUACAAGACUCCGGUGCAGAUUAAGGAAUUUGGGGCAGUGACUAAAAUAGACUUCUCUCCUCUGUCGCCGCACAAUUACGCUGUGACGGCAUCGACACGGAUCCACAUUUACGGACCCUAUUCUCAGGAACCCGUGAAGAGCUUCACGCGGUUCAAAGACACGGCGUACAGCGGCACUUUCCGCUCGGACGGCCAGCUGCUGGUGGCAGGCAGCGAGGAGGCGCUCAUCCGCCUCUUUGACGUUAGCGGUCGAGUUGCGCUCAGGGAAUACACUGGGCACAGCAAGGCCGUGCAUUUCACAGACUUCUCCGCAGACCGCUUUCAUAUAUUGUCUGGGUCAGACGACUACACGUGCCGCCUGUGGGACAUCCCCAGUUCUGCCGAAGUCUCCCGCUACAGCGAACACACGGAUUAUGUUCGGUGUGGCACUCCAAGCAGGCUAAAUCCAGAUGUCUUCAUCACUGGCUCCUACGAUCACACAGUGAAGGUGUUUGAUUCCCGGAAGGAGAGGAGUGUGAUGACCAUGGACCAUGGGCAGCCGGUGGAGAGCGUGCUUCUCUUCCCUUCUGAGGGGCUCCUCGUGUCUGCAGGUGGGCGCUAUGUCAAGGUAUGGGACAUGCUGAAAGGGGGACAGGUGCUGGUCUCUCUGAAGAACCAUCACAAGACAGUGACGUGUUUAUGCAUGAGCAGCACGGGUCAGAGGCUGCUGUCAGGGUCACUGGACAGGCAUGUGAAGGUUUACAGCACAACAACUUACAAAGUUGUUCAUAAUUUUGACUACGCUGCAUCCAUUUUGAGUAUCGCAUUGGCGCCUAAUGACGACUCAAUCAUAGCUGGGAUGACUAAUGGGGUGCUGAGCGUCAAACACAAGAAACACCCAGAAGACCGGAAAAUGGUCGGCGGUACGAGCAGACAUCGGCCAGCGUACCGUGUCUUUGUUAAGGGGAAGAACUACAUGCCAAAACAGGAUGACUUUUUGGUCCGAAAACGUGAGAAAGCCCACUUGAAACAGUACGACAAAGAGUUAAAGAGGUUCCAGGUGUCCAAAGCUUUGGACUCGGUCCUGAAGCCUCAUGUGCGACUGAAGACACCCGAGGUGACGGUGGCUGUGAUACAGGAGCUGAACCGCAGGGGAACCCUGAAGAAUGCCCUUGCCGGACGGGAUGAGAAAGGCCUUAGCAUCCUACUCAGCUUCCUCAUUAGGAAUGUAGUUGAUUCCAGAUUUGCCCCUAUUUUGCUCACUGUUGCAGAGAUGGUUUUGGACAUCUACAUGAAGGUGGUGGGACAGUCGGCUGUGGUGGACAAGCAGAUCCUGAAGCUGCAGGAGCUUGUCGAGAAGGAGAUCGACUACCAGCAGGAGCUGAUGGAGGUGCUCGGCAUGAUGGACACCCUGUUUGCCACCAUGACGGCCAAGAAAGAAGCAGCAGCCCUGCAGAGCCGAGCAGCCAAUGGAUUGGUGGAGGUCAGAGGUGGACAGGACCAGAUGGUGAAGGCAACCUGAUGCUCCUUGCAACUGCCACCCCUAUUUCCUCAAGUGGACUGAGCGCCUUUUCAAAUCAAUAUGGUGUGGAGCUCAGAGAUUCGCUGCUGGAGUCUGACACAUUUUAACAACAGGACAAAACUCAUAAAACUUUAUAUUUUCACCAGGUUCCAAAAUCUGAACAGUCUACAGAUGUUUGGUUCACUUUUCUACUAACCACUGCAUUUCAAAACUGUCCAAAAAAAUACAAAAGGGUGGAUAAUGUGAAACCUAAUAAUGUUAAUAUUCUUAAGUCCUAUUGGGUGGUUUCCAAGAACAAGUACAUUUUUUAAUGUUUUGGACAAAGUUCCUGGUUUUGUAAUUGAAAGUAAUAUUAUGGAAGCAAUGUCAGUUUUUGUUUUAGUUUCAGGAGAAAUUUUAGCAGUUGAACAGUUUUAUGACUAUAUCUGCCAUUGUAUCCCUGUAAAUCCACUUCAGGUUUGGGUGCUGUUUGUUUUUGUUUUUUUUUUUUUUUUUUAAGUCCAGUGUAAAGUUGUCACAUCCAAAGCAAUGCCUUCAGGCUUUUGGUAUGUAUUUAUAAAAAAAAAAAAAUGGUGUCCUUGUUCCAGAAUGUAAUG